GACAAAUUGGCAUAUUGCUUGCUGAUUGCUUCUUUUGCUUAUUUCAAGCUCGUAACAAGAAUAUCUAGUUUUUAGUGAUAAAUAUACAAAUUUUGUGUUAAUUUCAAAUAUUAACCCGAAUAUCUUAUGUGAUUUUCACCGUACACUCAGUAUAGUGAACUGUUAGCAGUGGGCGGAGGCUGUGCUGAUGGUUGUAUUUAUGUGCAAAGAUUUUGAUUUAACGCGGCCUUAUGGCCAGCAAGAAUUACUAGUAUGCUGGGUCAAAUAUCUCCACAGUUUAAUUAUUGCUUAAAUCGGUUGCAAUAAUGUCCGGCACGGCAGCAACUGUGGGCGGUGCCGGCGCUGGUCCAGGGGGUGGCGGCGCGGCACUGGGCGGGCUGGGCGGCUCGCUAGAGGACAAGGACUGUGAGCUGCUAUGCCCCGUCUGCUUCGAGCUGAUCAGCGAGGCGUACGUGACUCGCUGCGGACACUCCUUCUGCUACGCCUGCAUCGCCAAGUCGGUCGAGCUGCAGCGCCGUUGCCCAAAAUGCGGCGCCGCCCUCGCCUCGCGCGAGCACAUCUUUCCCAACUUCCUGCUCAACGAGCUGGUGGCGCGGCGCAAGCUGCGCGCGCGGCCCGCGCCCCCGGCCGGCGAGGCGGCGGAGGGCGUGCGGCUGCGCGCGCUGGUGGCGGCGGAGGCGCGGCACCUGGGCCUGGCCGAGGUGGACGGCAUGCUGGACGUGCUGACGCGGCGCAAGCGGCUUCUGCAGGCGGAGUCCGCCGCCGCGCAGCAUCGCCUGCUCUACGAGUUCCUCUCGCAGCUGCUGCGCCUGCGCCACCACCAGCUCGACCAGCUGGCGCGCGAGGCCACGCUCGUCAGAUCUGACCUGGAGCAGGUGGGGCGAGUGCUGCGCGAGCUGAGGGCGGGCGCUCCGGAGCCCCCGCGCCCGCUCUCCCCGCACGCUCUCGACCACGCCUCCGAGCAGCAGGACUGUGCGGAGGAGCGGCGCGGGGAGGAGGAGGAGAGUUUCGCGGGGGGCCCGGGGGGUGGGGCCGGCGGCGACGCGGUGGCCGCGCGCUGGCGACGUCUCACCACACACUUCGAUGACUUCGUGCAGUGUUACUUCGCGCAUCGCGCGGACGAGCUGUACUUCCCGGGCUCGAGCUCGGCCACGCCCACGCCGGGUCUGGGCUCCGCCCCCGGAGCGUCGGUCGCACCGUCCGCGGUCCCCGCGCCCACGCCCGCGCCCUCCUCCUCCGCCGUCAACGAGGGCGACGCCGUGCCGCAGCAGAUGUCGUUCGAGUCGCGCGCAGCCAGCGCAGCAGGUCGGUGCUCAUGGUUACAGAUGUGGGAUGUGGGCAGUCAGACAUUGACGGCACGUGUUGAUGUGACAGGUGGGGGCGGGGGCGGGGGCGGGGGCGACCAGCGCGCGCCGGAGGGCGGCGAGGCCGGGGCGGGAGUGGGGGGCGGGGCGGGGUCGGGGCUGGGCGGGGCGGGGGCGGGCGCGGUGGAGCCCUGCGGGGGGCUGGAGGCGUUCCGCGCGGACCUGGCGGCGUUCACGCGCUACCGGGCGCUGCGGCCGCUCGCCACUCUCUCCUACUGCAGCGACGCCAUCAACUACUCCACCAUCGUGUCCACCAUCGAGUUCGACAAGGACAACGAGUUCUUCGCCAUCGCCGGCGUCACGAAGCGCAUCAAGGUGUUCGAGUUCGAGUCGGUGGUGCGGGACGCGGUGGACGUGCACUACCCGUGCGCGGAGAUGCAAUGCGCGCACAAGGUGUCGUGCGUGUCGUGGAACGCGUACCACAAACACGUGCUGGCCUCCGCGGACUACGAGGGCACGGUGAGCGUGUGGGACGCGGCGGCGGGCACGCGCACGCGCGCGCUGCAGGAGCACGACAAGCGCUGCUGGUCCGUGCACUUCAACCGCGCCGACGUGCGCCUGCUGGCCUCGGGCUCCGACGACGCCCGCGUCAAGCUGUGGGCGCUCAACACGGAGCGCUCCGUGGCCACGCUGGAGGCCAAGUUCAACGUGUGCUGCGUCCGCUUCAACCCCGCCUCCGCCUGCCACCUGGCCUUCGGCAGCGCCGACCACUGCGUGCACUACUACGACCUGCGCGCGCCCCGCGCCCCGCUCGCCGUCUUCCGCGACCACCGCAAGGCCGUCUCCUACGUCAAGUUCCUGGACGCGCGCACGCUGCUCUCCGCCUCCACGGACUCGCAGCUGAAGCUGUGGCGCGUGGAGUCUCCGCGCUGCGUGCGCUCCUUCACCGGCCACGCCAACGAGAAGAACUUCGUGGGCCUCGCCACCGACGGGCGCUACCUCGCCUGCGGCUCCGAGAACAACGCGCUCUACGUCUACUACAGCGGUCUCUCGCGGCCGCUGCUCGUCUACAAGUUCGAGGCGCUGCGCGGCUUCCUGGAGCGCGAGCGCCGCGACGAGGAGCCCUCCGAGUUCGUGUCCGCGGUCUGCUGGCGCUCCGCCCCCGACCGCCCCGCGCUGCUCGCCGCCAACAGCCAGGGCACCAUCAAGGUGCUCGAGCUGGUCUAGUGCUCCACGCCGGACUCCCACUUUGCACAAAACGGUCCAGAUCUCAUGUCCCGUCGUAAGACUCUUGCAGGGUAGUUGGAGAAAAAGAUGAAUGCGAAAACUAUUUAUUAAAUGUGCCAAAUGUAAAUCUUUACCUGUCCAUUCUCUAAAUUGAGUCGUUAGUGUUGUGAAAUUUUAUUCUAAAAACUAUAAAAAUUCAAGUUAAAACAUUUAGUAUUAGUGUAGGAGAACAAUAUCUGUCUACCCACAAAAUAGAUGCAAGAUGUUAGAUUUCUUCUGUCUUUGAAUGUGUCCAAGUGUAUGUGUUAGUUGAUAUCCUCGCGGAUGUAGAAGUGUUACCAGCAUUAUCCUCGCGGAUGUAACGAUGUAGAAGUGUUGCCAACUUACAGAGAGAAGUGGUGUUGCCAGACUUUCUGUUCAUUCUCGAAAAGCAAUAAACUUGUAAAUAAAGUGUAAGUGUAAAGUGUUGGUGAAAGUUCUGUUGUAAGUAAACCUUUACCCCUGUAUUAGUGAAGUUUUAUUUC